CUUACUAAGUUUACUUAUUUUAUUUUUUAUAAAAAAUUAAAUAUUAUAAAAAACCUAAUAUACGUAUUUACUAAGGUUAUAUUUUUAAACUAUAAUUUACUAAGAAAAAUUAUUUUUAAUAGAAAUAAGCUAUUUAUUUUGAAGUUUUAG